AUGUCUGCCAGGCCUGCAGACAGUCGGCACACCGGCCCCGACCGAGCCCUGCGAGACGGAUGCGAGGGCAGGGCCGCCGAGGAAGAGUUGACACACAUCAUGGCUGCCUCGAUCAUCGGCAGCACCGUCCUCAACAUUGCCUCGAAUCCCGUCUCUCCCGGCUCCUCCAGCCCGCCCCUCGACCAGACCAAGGGCUCCGACUUUGUCCCGCCGACGCGGCCCAGCAGCACGCCGUUUCCCCACUCCGAACCGCGGCAUGCCAACUACCACUAUCUGUCGGGCGACGAGGACAUGCUGGAUUUCGAGCACGACGCCGGCUUCACGACGACGCCCUACUCGGAACACUUUGAGACGGUGCUCGAGAUGAAGCUGAGCCUGCUCGAUCUGCCCUCCGAGAGCGUCACCAAGAGCUGGAACACGGCGCUGCGACAUUCGCGUAGGAGAGAGCUGUCCGAGCUGGCGCUGAUCAAUCACACAUGGAGGAUCCUGAUCCAGCAGAGGCUGUUCCGACACUUGAAGCUCAAGGCGACCAUCGACUCGGUCCACGCCGCCAUGACCUUCUUUGCCGCACACGAUGACCUGCGUUACUACGUCAAGCACAUUGAGCUGUGGUUCCCCGUCUUCCAGCCAAAGUACGGCCCGCUAGCCCUGAGUUCCGCCCUGGCGCUACCGACAGUGACGUCCGACGGCCUCACCAACGCGACGUACACGCUACCGGCCAACAACUGCACCCUCGAGGAGGCCCUCCUCUUCGUCGCCGAGACGCUGCCGUUCGUCAUGAUCCUGACGCUCGAGGGCGGGGAGCGGAAGAAGGCGCCCAUGGUGCAGCAUUCCUCCUGGGCUGGCCCCAACGACUGGGCCCUGCCGAUCCUCGAAUCCGUCCGCACGCUCGUCACGAGGGGCCAGUGGAACCUCAUGCGCACCGACGAGGAUUUCAAGUCGAUCCUCUCGUCCCUGCCCAACCUCACCGACUGGCACGGCUCCUACUCCAAGCCCAAGUCCAAGAGCUAUCUCUCCAUGGCCCGCGUCCUGCCCGACCUGCCCGCCGCCCACCUCAAAAGCCUUCACCUCUGCCUCGAGAGCGACUACCGCCGCGAGGUCACCUACCCGGCCCACCACGUCAAGGUCUGCCGGACCGUCCACUUUUGCACCAAGCUCGCCGAGGCCGUGCCCCAGCUCGAGCACUUUUCUUACACGGGCCGGAUCUGCAAGUCCUUCUUCCGCGUCCUCGCCGAACUGACCGACCCUCGCACGACGCGGCUGAAGAGUAUCGACAUCACCGUCAAGAACUGCUGCCGACCUGUGCCCGUGUUCCACGAGUCUGGCAGCGGCAUCCAGGACACGGGGUUCAUUGAUGCGUUUGAGCUGCUCGUUGUCCAGGGUAUUCGGGCGCUGCAUAAGCUUCGGUCUGUGGAUUACCUGCGGAUCCGCUUUGUAGACUUAGACUCCCUGCUGCCGCCUCUGAACCCCUACUUCCUCCUCCGCGGCGACGCCUGUCUCGGCAUCUGGAGCGGGCGCAUCCUCUCCGAGCUCAAGGACGCCCGGCCGCGCGCGGCGUACGAGGAGCUCAGCGAGACGUUUGGCGACAUUGGCAUCAACAAGGACGGGAGGCUGGUGAUCAGCGGGUCUGGCGCCAACUACCAGCGGUCGCAGUUUCGGUCGCUCAAGGUCAACAACUAUCACCUGCUGGCGACAAGCAUCAUUCCGGGGUGA